UUUCUUCCAUCAAAUUGCUUCCAAUUUAGAACCCUCAACCCAUAUGUUUCUUCUCCUUACCCGAAAAUUAUAGCCUGUUUGGUCAAGCUUCUGCGAGGCCAAAGAUUUUUUUUUCUCUAUCAAAAAAGUGUUUUUCUUUCGUAGUUAAGGUGUUUGGUCAAGCUUUUAUACGGAAGAAGACGUGUUUUUGAGUAGAAGCAGAAAAAGUAGCUUCUGCCCCCAAAAAGUGAAAAGCACUUUUGACAAAAUAUAAUUAGAAGUACUUAAUAUUUGGAAUUGGGUCUGUAAAUUGAAUACAUGAUCGAAAGAUGUAUAGCAAUUAUAAAGAACAAGCAAUCGAAUAUGUACGUCAAGCUGUACAAGAAGACAACGCUGGUAACUAUGCUAAAGCAUUUCCUCUUUACAUGAACGCUUUAGAGAAUUUCAAAACUCAUUUAAAGUACGAAAAAAACCCUAAGAUUAAGGAAGCGAUUACUCAGAAAUUCACCGAGUAUUUACGCCGGGUUGAAGAGAUCCGGGCUGUAUUGGAUGAAGGUGGAACUGGGCCGGCUCAAAAUGGAGGUGAUGCUGCUGUGGAAACCCGGCCCAAAAUGAAGACCAAGCCCAAAGAUGGUGAAGAUGGGGAAGAUCCUGAACAGUCUAAGUUAAGGGCUGGCCUUAAUUCCGCUAUUGUUAGGGAAAAGCCUAAUAUUAAAUGGAAUGAUGUUGCUGGUUUGGAAAGUGCUAAACAAGCUUUGCAGGAAGCUGUUAUUUUGCCUGUCAAGUUUCCUCAGUUCUUUACGGUGAGGUCAGUUACUACUCCUACUGAAGCUUUUGUUGGAUUCAAUGAGAUGGUUAGUGGGACCCAACGGAAGUAUUACAUGUUGGGAGGGAAAGGAGGCGUUGGGAAGACUAGCUGUGCUGCUUCUCUAGCAGUAAAAUUUGCAAAUCACGGUCAUCCGACUCUUGUUGUUUCAACUGACCCUGCUCACUCUUUGAGUGAUUCUUUUGAUCAGGAUUUGACUGGAGGAGCACUUGUUCCGGUUCAGGGAGUGGAUUCUCCAUUAUAUGCACUAGAGAUAAAUCCUGAGAAAACUAGGGAAGAGUUCCGUGCAACGAGCCAACUAAAUGGUGGUAGUGGUGUCAAAGAUUUUAUGGGCAGCAUGGGCCUCGGAAUGCUUGCUGAUCAGCUGGGAGAACUGAAACUUGGAGAGCUAUUGGACACUCCUCCACCUGGUCUAGAUGAGGCUAUAGCAAUUUCUAAGGUCAUGCAAUUUCUUGAAUCAACAAACUAUAGCGCCUUUUCUCGUAUAGUUUUUGAUACAGCACCAACGGGCCACACACUUAGACUUUUAUCACUCCCAGAUUUCUUGGAUGCAUCAAUAGGCAAGAUGAUGAAGCUUAAAAAGAAAAUAUCAUCAGCUACUUCAGCUUUAAAAUCCAUGUUCAACAAAGAGGAGCCACAACGAGAUGAUGCUACUGACAAGCUAGAGCAAUUAAGGGAGAGGAUGGCAAAAGUUCGGGAUCUGUUCCGUGAUUCAGCAACUACAGAGUUUAUCGUUGUGACAAUCCCCACUGUGAUGGCGGUCAAUGAGUCUUCACGGCUCUGUGCAUCCUUGAAGAAGGAAACUAUCCCAGUAAGAAAGCUUAUUGUUAACCAAGUCCUACCUCCAUCUGCAUCAGAAUGCAAGUUCUGUAUGAUGAGAAGAAAGGAUCAGAUGCGCGCUCUUGACAUGAUCAGUAAAGAUCCAGAAUUAGCAAGUUUAAAGUUAAUCCAAGCACCAUUGGUUGAUGUGGAAAUAAGGGGCAUCGCUGGAUUAAAAUUCAUGGGGGAUAUGGUUUGGAAAUAAAAUUGUUUCAACAAUCAUGUAGAAUAAUGUUAGCAGUGCUUUGUGAUUUCUCUGUGCCAAAUGGUAGCCUUCUACCUUCAAAAUGUAGACAUUUACCAUUAUCUAAGAAGAUGCUAUUGUUUUGAGUUAAGAGAAAUUUACUUAGAUUAGAACUAAA